UUGCGCAAAUAAACGAGAUUCCGCGUGCGAAUGAUGUAAAUGUGCCGGAUGAUCUCUUUUUUUAAAGCAUGGCAUUUGCAACGAGAAGCCUGCGGAUUUUGUGUAAAAUAUACAAUGGAAAUGCGGGAACGACGUAUUGCACUCUUCGACGUGUUAACAAUCGGAUACCGCUCGUUCAAAUAGCACAAAAUUAUCGUUAUACCACACAGACGACAGAUCGUCCAAAAGUUACCAGUAAUUUAACAAACAUACAAUCCUCUAUAAGCGAAGCUGACGUCUUGGAAACAGCUCACAAAAAACAGAAUGAAGAACAAACGCAGGAAGAAGAGGACAAGGCAAAUCUUGAAAGAUCGAAGAGAAUGAUGAACUACGGAUUUGCGGCUUUCGGUGUGUUCAUGGGUAUUGGUGUUGCUUAUUUAGUGUAUGAAUUAGGAAGACCUAACUAUGACGAGAAUGGGAAAGUCAUUGAGGAUGAAUUCUCCCAUUUGCCAUUCUUUGAGCAAAGAUUCAAGAGGGUGAAGAGAGAACUGAAUUAUUAUACAAGAUUAGUGCAAGAACCCAGCAGAGAAAAGUUAUUACCUGACCCACUCAAGUAUCCAUACAUUCAACCACCUUAUACUCUAGUCUUGGAACUGACAGACCUUCUGGUACACCCAGAUUGGACAUAUCAAACUGGAUGGAGAUUUAAAAAACGACCUGGAGUAGACAUGUUCUUGGAAGCAGUUGCACCACCACAGUUUGAAAUUGUGGUUUAUACAGCUGAACAAGGAAUGACGGUAUUUCCUAUUUUGGACGCACUUGAUCCAAAUGGUUACAUUAUGUACAGAUUAGUUAGAGAUGCUACACGUUUUGUGGAUGGACAUCAUGUUAAAGAUCUUGGGGCUCUUAAUCGUGAUCUUAGUAAAGUUAUUGUUAUCGACUGGAAUGAAGAUAGCGUGAAGUUGAAUCCGGAAAAUGCAUUUAAAAUCCCUCGGUGGAAGGGUAACGAUGAUGACACUACUAUGUACGAUUUAGCGGCAUUCCUAAAGACAAUAUUAUCAUCGAAUGUACAAGAUGUGCGAGACGUUCUGAAUUACUACAGACAAUUUGAUAAUCCGCUGGAAGUGUUUAAACAGAACGUUCAGAAAUUAAUGAUCGAGGAAGAACAAAAUAAAGCUCAGCAAGAAACCAAUCAAGUACUUACAUCGAGGUGGAAACCAUCUUUCUUACGGAAUCGCUAGUCAUAAAAUAAAACAUUUGAAAUUUGGAAUGUAAAUCUUUCUUGAAUACACUUUCGCAAAAAUAAUUUUACCUCGUGAAACAUUAAAUAUAAUCACACAUAAUAAUAAUAAGUAUAUUAAUAAGUAUAU